AUGUCAAACGAUCGUCUUACUUUUCCAACUUACCUCCUCCCUUCAUUCGCAUUCCCCUUUCGUCGUCGCAAACACUCCUCUUCUCCUACUUCCAGCGCCGCGCCAUCAGUCAAUAUAAAGACGCGCACUUCGAUUCUAGGUUCAAGCUACUCACCAUCAAGUAGUUAUAGCAAUACUCCCUCUGCAUCGCCUACAUCUGAAACUUUUCUUGAGCGCACAAUCUCUUCUUCUUCCACCGCAGACGAAAAUGAAAUCAGGAAUAAUGAAUCCACCUACUCCCCUCAAAAUCUUACCUCUCCCUCAUCUCCUCAAUCCCAUCUCACUCGUGCCCACCCCUCGACAAUUCGCUGCCUAACAUGCUCUACCCACCUUUCCUACGCUUCGCAAGUCGUCUCUAAAGGUUUCACUGGGCGCCACGGACGCGCCUAUCUCGUCGCACCGCCUCCAUCCGUCCCGGUUCCAGUAAUUCCCCCUUUUCCCCCCACCGCACACGACCGAUCCAAAAACCUCGCGAAUAUACGAGUUGGAAGACCUGUCAAUAGAGAACUCUUAACAGGUCAUCAUGUAGUCGCGGAUGUGAAUUGUAUGAUUUGUAACACGUUGCUGGGGUGGAAAUAUGUGGAUGCGAGAGAACUAGGCCAAAAAUACAAAAUUGGAAAAUUUAUCCUGGAGACGAAGAGAUGUGGAAUUUUCAAUACGUAUGAAGAUGAUGAUACGGUACCGCAUUGCUUGGAAUAUAAUUGUGAAGAUGGGGAUGUGAAGGAUGGGGUGAAGAGUGAGAUGACUGGAAACAUGGGAAAUUGGAAUAAUGGAGGUAAGGGAGAAAAUGGUAAAAUUGGUAAAGACGGGGAAUUAGCAGCGGUAAAAGUAUUAACGAAGGAAGAAGAAAAGGCAAAGGGAUGGGUGUACUUUGAUUCGGAGGAUGAAGAUGAAUGUGAGGAACUUUUUGCAGGGGUUUGGGAUGCCGAGAUUGCGCAGAAGAGGAGGAUUAGGAGGGUUGAUAGGAGGAAGAGGGAAAUGGAGAGGGAGAGGGCGGCUAGUAAGGAUAGUGGGGUUGGGGGGUUAUGA